GUACAAAGUUAAUGGUUCAGUGAGGGCUUCAGAUCUUUUACGCACUGCUUGGUUAGAAUUUGGCCAUAUUCUUGUUCCGAAAGAUCGAAAUAUAAAUACAACAACUAUGGAUAGCGAAGACGAAACCCGGUCAAUGGACGUGGAUAUUGCUGCUUUCUCACCUAUCGAGAAGGGGAAGGGAAGAGCUGUCGGUCAACCCUUAGAUGAUGAAAUGCUUCCAUGGGUUGAGAAGUAUCGUCCAGUGACUUUAGACGAUGUGGUCUCCCACAAGGAUAUAACUACCACAAUUGAGAAGUUCAUAGAUAAGAAUCGACUACCACACCUCUUGUUUUAUGGACCGCCAGGUACUGGAAAAACAUCUACCAUCCUCGCCGUCGCACGCCGAAUUUAUGGACCAGAGUAUCGCAAACAAAUUCUCGAGCUCAAUGCUUCUGAUGAUCGAGGUAUAGACGUGGUUCGCGAACAGAUUAAGCAAUUCGCAGAAACACGUACCUUGUUUGCAAGAGGCUUCAAACUUAUUAUCUUAGAUGAAGCCGACAUGAUGACACAACAAGCACAAGCUGCUUUGCGCCGCGUGAUAGAACAAUAUACUAAAAAUGUUCGGUUUUGCAUUAUCUGCAAUUAUGUGAACAAGAUUGCACCCGCAAUACAAAGUCGAUGUACUCGCUUCCGUUUUUCCCCUUUACCAAUAGUAGAGGUGGAAAAACGUAUAGGAACGGUAAUAGAGGCUGAACACGUAAAAUUGACUGAAGAUGGCAAGAAAGCGUUGCUCAAGCUCUCUAAAGGGGACAUGCGCAGGGCUCUCAACGUUUUGCAAGCUUGUCAUGCCGCUUACGAUUCCGUGGGGGAAACAGAAAUAUACAACUGUACUGGGAACCCACAUCCAUCUGAUAUCGAGAACAUAGUUAACUCUAUGCUCUCCGAUGAGUUUACAACGUCAUAUCAAAUGAUUUCCACGAUGAAAACGGAACGUGGACUUGCAUUGCAAGAUCUGAUCUCUGGCGCGUAUGAAUACAUUGAGACCAUUGAAUUCAAGCCUCAAGCCCGGAUUUACCUACUCGAUUAUCUUGCUACUACGGAACACAGAUUAUCUGCCGGUGCCAGUGAGAAGAUACAGCUCUCUGCCAUGUUGGGUGCAUUCAAAAAUGCAGUGGAAUUGUCGGCAAGGUGAUUCACUAUGAGUUUCCCGAUCUGAUUUUCGUUCAGUAUGUUUGAAUGAAAGUCUGGGACCGACAAGCUUGAAAUUUCCCAUAUUGUUGUAGUUAUUAUACCACGGAAGGUCUGUUGAAGGAGACAAGUAUCAUCCCACUCUUGUUUCGAGGGUCGUCAAUUAGAUUAAUCUAUGACUAUGGAUGUUGCAACUGCCCUAUUAGUCACGUGCACGCAUUAUUGACUUUAGUGCUAAAUCCAGGUUAGGGUUUGACUAC